CUCGACAAGGAAGGAGCUCUAAAAACUUUGGGCCUUCUGUGGGACGCGAAAACUGACAUCAUGCAAUAUAGCGUGACAAUUGAUGAAUCGACAAAAAUAUCAAAGAGACUCGUGCUGUCCAAGAUUGCUCAAAUAUUUGACCCUUUGGGUUUAUUGGGUUCUACACUAAUUAACGCAAAGUGUAUAAUGCAGCAGAUCUGGCAAUUGCAAACCGGUUGGGAUGAGAAUUUACCGCCGCAGCUUCAAAACACCUGGGAUGAAUACUACAACUCGUUACCUAAAAUAAACGAGAUACGCAUACCGAGAAAUAUAAAUCCGGGAAACGACAGCGGAAAAUUCGAUCUGAUUGGAUUCGGAGACGCUUCUGAAAAGGCGUAUGGAGCUUGCCUCUAUGCAGUGUCAAGGAAUUCAAAGGGUGAAACGAAUUCACAUUUGAUAUGCUCAAAAGGUAGAGUAACCCCGUUGAAAACAAUUUCGCUACCGAAACUCGAACUCAACGCAGCGCUCGUACUUGCAAAACUGUGUCAUGCAGCGACGCAAGCAUUCUCACAAAAAAUACAAGGCAUUUAUCUGUGGAGCGACUCGACGGUCACACUAAGUUGGAUAGCUUCAUCACCGAAUCUUCAGAAAAUAUGGCUAACAGAGUGACAAAAAUUCAAAAUUUAACACGCAAUGCUGUAUGGCUUCAUGUCCCGUCGGAGCAUAAUCCCGCAGACUUAAUAUCGAGAGGCAUGACGGUCGAAGAUUGGGAGACAAGAGACUUGUGGUGGCACGGACCUCCUUGGCUAAAAACCGGAGAGUGGCCCGAACAAAAAACCAUUAACAUCGAUACAUCCGAGAUGAAACCAUCGGUUGUACUCAUCUCAUCAAAAAGCACGAGUGACGUGCUGAGGAAAUUUUCAACAUACGGAAAGCUUGAGAGAGUGUUAGCUUACUGCAUUAGAUUCAGAUUCAACGCCUUGGGCCCAAAACAGAGUGGAUCUUUGACAGUGGAGGAGCUCGAGCGCGCCGAAAAGGCGAUAGUGAAAAUGACUCAGAGAGAAUCAUUCUUUCCGGAAUACAAUGCAUUGAAGCAGGGUGAGCAAGUCCCAAAGGGCAGUAAACUUGCCGUUCUCAGCCCUUUCUUAGACAAGAGGGAAUUAUUCGAGUAGGAGGCAGACUGUCAAGCGCUAACAUUCCCGAAACACAAAAAUAUCCGAUUAUUUUACCAGAUCGUCAUCACGUAACGAAGGUAAUCAUGAGAAAGGAGCAUCUACGUUUACACCAUUGCGGACCGGAGCAACUAUUACAUUCUAUUCGACAAAGAUACUGGGCUCUAUCUGGAUGGCGAGAAGCUCGAAAGGUCACAAGCAAUUGUAUCCAGUGUUAUCAAAGUAGACCGAAGGUACCGGAUGUUAUGAUGGGCGAUCUGCCGACUAAACGUGUUCGAGGUUCUCUGAAGCCAUUCACUGAUGCAGGCGUGGAUUACGCGGGACCGUUGCAAGUUCGAGAAAGUCGGAGGCGAGGUAGAGUCCCUACAACGAAAGCUUGGAUCGUGGUUUUCACAUGUCUCGCAACAAGGGCUGUGCACUUAGAACUCGUGACGGAGAUGACAACAGAAGCAUUCCUAUCAACACUACGUAGAUUCGUGGCCCGAAGAGGAAUUUGUUCGACUAUGAUAUCCGAUAAUGGAACAAACUUCGUGGGAGCAGCAAGGGAGUUGAAAGAAUUAUACGCAUUCUUGGAGGGCGAAAAGCAAACUAUAUCGGAUCACCUAGCUCAGCAACGUAUCGACUGGAAAUUCAUUCCAGCCCGAUCUUCACACUUCGGCGGAUUAUGGGAGGCGGCCGUGAAGUGCACCAAAAAACACUUAAAUACGGUCACGAAAGGUCUAGUCUUUACGUUUGAGGAGUAUUACACACUUCUUGUUGAAAUCGAAUCAAUCCUCAAUUCCCGUCCACUCACACCUCUUUCGAGCAAUCCUAACGACACAACAGCAUUGACCCCUUCCCAUUUCCUAGUAAGGGACUCACUCUUGUUACCAACAGAACACAACUACUUGAAAGUUCCCGAUAAUAGAUUGUCUCGUUGGCAACACUUGCAAAAAGUGAGGCAGCACUUUUGGAACCGAUGGUACCAGGAGUAUCUUUCGGAAUUGCAAAAACGCCAGAAAUGGCAUUUCAACCACAGCAACUUAAAGGUGGGAACUCUGGUUCUGCUCAAAGAAGAGAACCUUCCACCACUCCAAUGGCUUCUUUGUCGAGUCGUUGAAGUACAUGCGGGAGCAGACAACAUCGUCCGAGUAGCUACGGUUCGAACGUCAACCGGUCUGUUCAAGAGAGCAGUAAAAAAGCUCUGCCCCUUGCCAGUGGGAGAAGAGGACAAAUUCUAAUCAUUAGCGUAAAAGGAGGCGGGAUGUUCCUGACUACAGCGCCGCCGUGGCCAAUAAGAUGAAUAUAAAACGAAACGAGAGGGAGUCAGUCGCAAUAUGGCGAAAGGACGAG